GAAGGCGGUCCGAAGGGCGGGGCCUGAUGGAAGAAGGCGCGGUCUCUAGCGGAAGAGAGGAGGGGCCUAGGGUAGGGCUGGGGGAGGGGCUGCCGGAGAGAAUGGUGAAGACGCCUAGGAUGAGGGCGCGGAUCUCAGAAUGGGUUGGGGCGGAGCUGGGGGAGGCAUUCAGGAGAGGGUAUAAAGACUCUUACCGCUCCGAGGCUAGGGUCCGAGUUGAGAACCUCAGAGGGAGUGGGAUAGGGGGCAGAAAAACUACUCAGAAAGUUUGAGACAAGGGGAGGGGCUCAGAUAUGGGUGAGGUUUAAAUUGGGCGGCAGUUGGGCGGAGUCAAAGACCAAGGAAGUAGAGGUGUGGCCUAGAAAAAAUAGGAAGCACUGGCAGGGGAGGGGGCGCGGCCCAGAAAGUAGACUUAACCUACGGAGAGAAAGCCCGGCUCGCCAGAAUGUGGGGACUGGGACCGUAGUUAAGAGGCGGAGCUAAAACUCCGAAAAUUAGGAGCGUCUGAGGCUGUGUGUUUGAAUGGAUGGGUAAGACCUGGAAAAGAAGCGACUGAAACCCCAGGGCAAGACCCAGAAGUGGAGAGGUCGAACUGAAAGCAUAAAGGAUUUAAAGAUUUUGAAACUGGGGGCGGGACCACUGAGGUGGGCGGAUCUUAGAGGGAGUAAAGCUGGGCACCCGAAGCUGAGAGUGUAGAGAGCAUGAAUUCUAGAGUUCAUUUCCCUGCAAAACUUCUUUUAUGACUCAGUUUACUUUUCGGUAAAUCGGAGAUGAUGUAAAAUAGUGGUAGCACAUGGUGAGUGCUGUUUACUAUUAUUUUUCCGUAACCUAGGCCCCAAACAUCACUUUGAAGGUGCAAGAGAGAGGACACCCAGGAGUCCAAUCUCUUCUGGUAGCUCGACUUGAGUGCAGGUCAAGGGCACAGGAAGGAGAUUUAGGUGGUUUAAAAUCUCACAGUGGAAGGGAUUAAUGAAGUUGGGGCCGGGCAGGUGCAGAGGGUGGAGGCUUCCUGAUCCCAGGGCUGAAGGAUGGCUGCCUUUGCCCGCCUGCUGGAGCGUCUCCUCUGGCCAGCUCGCAAAAAACAGGAGUCAGAAGAGGAAGAGGAGGAGGGGCGCAGGACUCACCACGGGCUUCAGUCGCUCCUGGACGCGCCGCGAUGCGUCCAGCGGCCGCACGGGGGUGCGGCCGCAUCUUGGGGACUGCGCUUCGGGGCGAGCGCUGUGCAAGGCUGGCGCGCGCACAUGGAGGACGCUCAUUGCGCUUGGCUCGAGCUGCCGGGGCUGCCACCAGGCUGGGCAUUCUUCGCGGUCCUCGACGGCCACGGCGGGGCGCGAGCUGCCCUCUUCGGCGCGCGCCACCUGCCGGGCCACGUGCUCGAGGCUCUGGGCCCCGCGCCUGGCGAACCUGAGGGAGUGCGCGAGGCGCUACGCCGAGCCUUCCUGAGCGCAGACGCAAGGCUGCGCGCGCUCUGGCCUCCGGGCGAGCCGGGGGGCUCCACCGCCGUGGCGUUGCUCAUCUCCCAGCGUUUUCUGUACCUGGCGCACUGCGGUGACUCCCGAGCGAUGUUGAGUCGCGCUGGCGCGGUGGCCUUCAGCACUGAGGACCAUCGGCCCCUCCGGCCCCGGGAACGCGAGCGCAUCCACAACGCGGGAGGGACCAUUCGCCGCCGGCGCCUCGAAGGCUCUCUGGCAGUAUCCCGAGCCCUGGGCGACUUUGCUUACAAAGAGGCUCCGGGAAGGCCCCCUGAGCUGCAGCUCAUUUCCGCGGAGCCUGAGGUGACCGCCCUGGCUCGCCAGGCUGAGGACGAGUUCAUGUUAUUGGCCUCUGACGGUGUGUGGGACGCGAUGUCCGGCGCUGCCCUGGCGGGACUGGUGGCAUCGCGCCUCUGCUUGGGCCUGGCCCCGGAGCUUCUCUGCGCGCAGCUAUUGGAUACGUGUCUGUGCAAGGACAGCCUGGACAACAUGACCUGCAUCCUGGUCUGCUUCCCCGGGGCCCCCAGGCCUUGUGAGGAGGCGAUCAGGAAGGAGCUAGCGCUGGACGCAGCCCUGGGCCACAGGGUCGCCGAGCUGUGUUCCUCUGCUCAGGAGCCCCCCAGCCUGAACACGGUUUUCUGGACUCUGGCCUCAGAGGACAUCCCAGAUUUACCUCCUGGGGGAGGGCUGUACUGCAAGGCCGCUAUCAUUGCUGAAGCUUAUUCUAAGCUCUGCCAGGCCUCAAGACGCCGCUGGCAGAAGGGCCCGAAUGGGGCCGGAAAGCCCACUGGCACCCACUGACACCCACUGAGACUCUUCCUUGGACUUGGAGGCCUGACAGCUGUUGCCCUUUGGGGACCCUCUGCCCAGCCGGGGCCUCAAGGGAACUAAGGAAGAAAACUGCCCUUCCCCAGCUAUACAGACCAGCGGAAGGAAGACAAACGGAUGGAGGAACCCCAGAAUGCUUACUUCCCUCUCACAGAAAGUCUUGUGAGAGGGGAAAUUCCACCCACCCUCUGAACAACAACAACAAAAAAACCAACAAAAACCCCAAAACCAAAAAACCACCCCAAACCAAAUCAAGUGUUUUUGAAAUAUUUUGAGCUGAAUGGACCCCUUCUGUGAUCACCCAGUUCAAUAACCUUCUCUUCCCUUCCCAUUUUUCAUCUGUUUUGGGGGGAGUUAGGGGAGAGUAUUUAUUAUUAAAUUUUAAUGAUAUAUAACUCAAAAUAAAUUUCUCUUGUAGAAAAAAAAAAAAA